UCCGUCUCCGUGCGUACAGCAUCGAGAGCAUGACGACGUUUCCGGACGGCUGUGGAAAUGGCACCACCGUUACUUGUAUAGUUAUGGAUAAUAAAGAGCCCCAAAACCAGACUACCUGUGUCAGCCAUAAUGGGGGAUACGGCACCAGCAACAGUCACGAGGAGGAAAUUCAAGAGGAUAAACUCAGCCCUUCCAAAAUCAUGCGCUUUUUCACCACCCCUCGGAAGCGGGCUAAUUCCAGCUCUGACAGGCCUCGUUCUCUGGUUUUGAUGGGCAACUCGUCCACGUGGAACGCUUUGUCUUCCAUCAGAAAAAUGGGAUCUUUCAAGAAGUUGAAAUCUUCAGUUCUCCAUGGAAUUCAAACACGGGAAUGCUCAGACAUCUUAAAUGAGAACGGCCUAGGCAAACAUGGUUCAAACGGGGCAGUGGUGCGAGUUCAGGCUAACCGGUAUUCCUAUUCGGGGCCUCUGCAUGAUUUCCAGAAUGCAGUGGAUGGUUUAGCUUCUGACUGCUCCGAUGCGGAGGAGAGCGAUGAGUGUUUCCUGAGGAAUACUCAUCGCUCACGCAGCAUCAGGCGGGCUUAUGGUGCUGGCCGCAUAAACUUGCUGGACGCGGAUAAAGUUCGGAGUCAUCACAACUGCACUAGGCCAACAUCACCUGUCAUCGCAGAGCCAAAGAUCUGUGAGAUUUUGGUGAAAGACUCUGAAAACAACAGGAUCAUUUAUCGGAGAAGCAAAAGUUCAGAUAAUUUGAACUUUCUGAAAAAAAGCUCAUUCAAACGGAAGUCCACCUCAAACCUUACCGACCUCAAGGUUGCGAAUGAAAAACAGAUGCCGACAAGGACCGUGAGUGUUACUUCUGCCGACUCGGACAAAACCGGUGGGAACCCUGAGAGGAGAUCCAAGCGAUGGAAGAGCCCUAUCAGGGCAAAGGAUUUUGACCGAGUUUUGAAACUUGUCAGUAACGUUACGGAUGCUGCAUGGAAGAAGGAUGGCCCUAAAAGCACGGCUCCUUCUCCCAGCGAGCAGUCCCAGAGAGCAAGGUCAAACAGCAGACUGCACGAUGACUACUCCCGCAGGGUUUCUAGCAGCACAGAUCACGACAGAAAGAGAUGCACCUCCCCGCUACCUACUCCAGACUCUUCCUUGCCGGGAACACCUUGCCUGCAAAGCCCCACGGUUGCUCGGGAUAAAGAGACUGAAAUGAAUGUGGCUGUUGCUGAAGACAAAAGCCUCAGGAUGUCGUCAGGUGUCCCAGACUCCGACAGCUUAUCGCCCACGCUGAAUGACAUUAGUCCAUUUUCCAAUGAAGUGUUUUAUUCAGACUCAGAUGAACCAAAAGCUACCCAACAGUUUACGUAUGAAGCUGAAAACCCUCACGUUCCGGUCAGACCGACUACUCCAAAGCCUCAAAGUCCCGCUGCAGAGAAGGUCAAGUGCAAUAUGAAUUUCCAGUGCCCAAACCAUCUCAGCACGUUGUCACUGAGCUCAUCGGAGAGCGAGGAGAGAGUCGAGGUACCGGGGCUGAAGCUGGGCAGGAAUCCAGUUUGCUUCCAGGACUCGGUGCAAACUGUGUACUAUGAUGAUGGAAACGAAGACAGUGGCAUAAGCAGCCAUUCUCAGCUGAGCCUCAAUUUAGCCUCUGGUGCUGAAGAGAAAAAGGAAGAGGUUGUUUCUGAUGACCACUGGAAGAGGUCCCAGGAUGAAGAAAAAGCAGACACCCAAAAAGUCACACCCAGGAGAUGGGGCUCUGGAAAAAGAUCUCGGCCCAGACCUCUCUCAGACUAUGGCCAGAUGUCGAUCAGAAGUUUCUCUAUACCAGAAGAUGCGGUUGCGGUGGAGUCUCAGAAGGCAGACUGCACGGAUGGAGAAAAUCAGCCAGGACGGGCUUCUGUCGGGUCUGUGAUCCAAAGCAGCACAGUAGGCCACCACAGAGGGCGAAAAAGAAGACCCAUCUCUGUAAUCGGUGGGGUCAAUUUCUAUGGAAGCGGUCCAGCAGAAGAGAUAGAAGGUCUGCUGACACAACCUGUGACACGGCCACCCCUUCCAGCACACCAGGUACCCCCUUACAAAGCUGUCUCAGCCAGGUUCCGGCCGCUCACCUUUUCACAAAGUACCCCCAUCGGCCUGGACCGUGUUGGACGAAGGCGGCAGAUGAGAACAUCUAACG